UGAUUGGCCAGCGACCUCAAACCUGGAAGUUAAACGGAUUGUGGAAAGUAAACAAGAUGUAAAGGAGAGGAUUUUUUGCACAAAUCUGACCUCCAAACGGGUUUAUUUGGUGUUCAGGUACAAGCUACGCUGCUGGCAGUAAAUACACACCACGUAGCGUUUAAAAAAAGCGUGUGUGUUUUGGAUUUAUAAGUCUAAAUUUGACGCAUAGGUGAGACAUGAGCUGCUGUUCAACCAGCCUGGCUGCUGCUCGCAGCUUCGGCUCAGUCUGCAGCCCUCCGCUCACUUCUUCUUUAACACAGAUGUCCAGCAUGUUGGACACCGCUGCAGAGCAAAUGAUGGUCCACAAAGAUUUCCAGGCAGCCUUAGACACAUGCGACAGAGGCCUGGAGAGUCUCGCCAACAUGGAGCAAGAGGACAGCAGAUGUGGAGAGGUUAAGGCUGGUUUCUGCAUCUUAGGGAUUCAAGCACUGGCCGAGCUGAAUCAGUGGCACGGUGUCCUCUCCUGGGUCCUUCAGCAGUAUGAGCACCAGGAGAAAAUACCUGCUAAAAUAAUGCAGAUGUGCAUACUUCUUUACUCCAAAGUGGGAGAGCCAGCAGUGAUGCAGGAGGCAGCCAGAGUUUGGUUACACUGCCCGUCCAACAGCAGAGUAACGGGGUUCAGGACGGUGGCAGAGCUGUACCUGCUGCAUGUCCUCGUGCCUCUCGGACACAGAGACGAGGCUCUGGAGCUGAUUGUCGGGGAGGUCGGGGGCAGCGCGUUCACAGAGGACCAGAGGCAGGCCGCACUGGAUGUUGUAGAAGAAAAAGAGCAACAGAAACAAGAACCACCUCUAAAUCCAAGUCCAAACUCUGAGACCACUGCACAUACUAGCUCAACUCAAGGAGCUGUGGUCCGUAAACUUGAAGCCAUGCUCAGGUUCUUCUACAGAAAACUCUUGCUGACCGGCUCUGGCUCAUUCUCUCUCAGAAAAGUCUUCACGGCUGCUGUUCUUCUCUACAUGCUUUUUCUUCGAUUGGAUCCAGCUCAUCCGUCUUCAUUCAUGUGGAUUUCCAAACUUCUUCAACUGCUCAAACAGAUGUGGAGCGCCAUGUUUGCACCUUACCAUCAGGCUCUCACUCACAGCAAAGGGCUGUAAAAGACUGAAAAUCACAAUAUGUUUUGUCACUUUUUCAAGUUUUAUUAAAUCUGUUUAAACAUCA